AGCCUCAAACCUCAUCAACCUCUAUUAACAUUGAAAGUUCAAUGGUUUUGGUCAGUUCCAAGGCCAGUACCACUAUCAAUUGACGACAACCAUACGACACCAUGUUUUCGCGAUUGGCUAUUCGAAAAUCUCUACAGCUCCCUCAGCGAGCCUGUGUAGCACAACGUACUUUUGCGGCCUCCGCGCAAGUCUUGGACACUACCAAACCCAUCGCAGUCAAAGCCGAGACUACCCCGGAAACGAAGAGCGAGGCAGAGUCCCUAGGCAUCAAAGAAAAUGAAGAGAGAGGACUAAAACAAGCACCAAAUCGAAAGGAGAUCUGGUCAAGGAGUCAAAGACCGAGGGCGACGGCUAUGACAGGUCCACGAUUCGAGCAGACCGAUUUCGACCUUCAACCACAAUCUAGAGCAGCUAUCGAGCUCAUCCACCAACAACCCGUCCGAUGGACUCAUGAUCGAGUAGUGGCAUGCGAUGGUGGUGGUGGUCCUGCGGGACAUCCUAGAAUCUUCAUCAACACAGACAAGCCUGAGAUUGCUACUUGUGGAUAUUGUGGUCUCCCAUUUGCAAACGAACAUCACCGAGAACACCUGGAAUCACUACCACGGCCUUCUUAUCCGUUGGCAUGAACACAAUCGCCAGCCUAAUGGACUUUAGUUCACUAGUCUCUUUGAUUGCCUAGCAUAGAUGUUGAACUAAUUCAACUGUGUACAUACAUACAACUUAUAUUACGUUUGGCCAGUCAGAGAGACCUACUAGCUUGCACAAGUUAGACGUAGCCUUAUGAAGGUCAAAUAAAAGCACGUAGUGUGCUUUGAAUUACUUGCGGUAUACCUAGUGCCGUCUCCCCCGUAUCCUUUGUAAAUUCAUAAAUAAACGUUGAUGUUAUAUAUAGUAUGUACCUAGUUACAUAUCUAUCUAGAAAACAUAUCCAGGCACUAUAUUCA